AUGUAUUUGUACGGACGACAAUUAAUGUCAAGAGUACCGGCCUUUUUUUUUUUGUUUUGACAGAAAGAAUACCAACCUUUUAGGUUGCUAUUAUUAUGCAGAAUCUAAUGAGAGCCUAUAAUCAAAAACUGCAAAGGUGCCAAAAUUUGUGUGGAAAUUCUCUUUCCACCUACAACAAUAAAACCCAACCCUUACAACCUGAGUUUCACCGUCUCUCUUUGUCUCUGCUCUUUGAAUAUUUUUUGAAGAGAAGAGACAAUGGAUUCUAGGUUCAAUAAAAGCCUCCUUGUCAUCCUAUCCUUCUCUUCUCUUCUUCUAUCUUCCAAUGCCGUCCCAUCAACUCACAUUUCCACAAGUGUCCCAGCCCCAGCCCCUUCAAUCCACUAUGUUGAUUACAUUCUCCCGAAAAGAAAACCGAACGCUGGUAUUGGUCUGUUUGAGAAUUCUGUCCCGCUUAAAAAACAGAACUCUGCUUCCGUUUCUCCAGAUGAUUCCGAUUUUCAGUUUGAAGAUCCAAACUUGCUAGGAUCCAUUGCAGCAGACGUUGCCAAGAAUGCUGAUCCUGAGAUCGUAAAAUUAUGUGUCAACGGAGAAAAUCCAGCUCUUUGUGCUGCAACCAUUUCAUCACUCUUGAAAGGUCCUUUUGACCCCCUCAAGGCACUUGAGAUUGAGGUUGAUUUCACCCUCAAACAAGCCAAGAGUGUAGCUGCUAUCAUUACAGCGUUGCUUAAUGACCCUAACACCGACAAAAAAGCCAUGAAAGCUCUUCAGAUAUGCCAAAUACAAUACAAUUCAAUGCUGGAUGCAAUCAAUGAGACAGUUGAGUUACUUGGACAACACAAUGUCGUGGACUCUUUUUACAAGUUCAGUUCUGUGAUAUCAUACAAAACUACAUGUGAGGAUGCUUUUGUGAAAUCUCCUGGAGUUGAAAUACCAUUUUCUCAGGAUUCACGUACUCUAUUUGAUUUGGGUGGUAAUUGUUUGGGCAUCAUGAACACUUUAGUUAAUAACCACAAGUUUUAAAUUAAUUGGUUCAUGAAAUGGGAGAUCAUGACAUGGGAGGGAGAAGAAGGUGA